ACCAGGCCUGCGGGGAUUUAACGUUGUUGCCGUCCGCCUCCGGAUUUAAAGGGCCCGCUGCCUUCCCGAAGUUAGUUUGAAGUCAAAGUGUUCGUUUGUGGACGUCGCUCUGUCAUGGGACCUGUACGGUUAGGCAUAUUGUUACUUGUGAUGGCAGUGUAUAGUGCUUGGGCUGGAACGUCGCGAGAGGAAGACGAUGACACAGAACGCUUGCCCAGCAGAUGCGAAGUGUGUAAGCUACUGAGCAUGGAGCUACAGGAGAAGCUGAGUCUCACUGGCCGAUCUCGAGAGGUAUUGGAGCUGGGGCAGGUGCUGGACACAGGCAAGAGGAAGAAACAUGUGCCUUAUAGUGUUUCAGAGACAAGACUAGAAGAGGCCCUGGAAAAUUUAUGUGAACGUAUCCUGGAUUACAGUAUCCAUGCUGAGCGCAAGGGGUCACUGAGAUAUGCCAAGGGCCAGAGUCAGACCAUGACAGUGCUGAAAGGCCUAGUGCAGAAGGGAGUGAAAGUGGAUCUGGGGAUCCCUUUGGAGCUGUGGGAUGAGCCCAGCGCGGAAGUCACAUUCCUCAAGAAGCAGUGUGAGACAAUGCUAGAGGAGUAUGAAGAUGUCGUGGGAGACUGGUACUUCCACCAUCAGGAGCAGCCCCUACAGCAUUUUCUCUGUGAAGGUCAUGUUCUCCCAGCUACUGAAACUGCAUGUCUACAGGAAACUUGGACUGGAAAAGAGAAAAUCACAGAUGGGCAAGAGAAAGAAGAGGAAGAAGAAAAAGAAAAGGAAGGGGAAGAAGAGGUAGAAGAAAUGACAAAGACAGAAAGACACUCCAAGCAUGACCCAGAGGAUCUUUGACCCUUGCCUUUGAACCCCCAGCGAGUUAUCAAAAACCCUGUCGUCUGAGCUGUCCCUGCCCCACAGUUUAAGAGUGUAUUAGUGUACAAGUGACCCCACCUCAGUGCUUCUAACUAUUCCUUGCCAUCUGGUAUCAGGCAGGAUCUUGAGGACGAAGGAUGGCAUAACUAUGGGGAGAAAAGUAGGUGCAGCAGGUGGAAGUCCUUCCUCUACAGAUGAACCCUAUGCCUGUCAUUCCAGCCCCUUAGCUGGCAGGUUUGUGUGUGGUGACAACCUUGAAGCUUUUCCUUGUAAAUAUCUCUACUGCUCCCCAGAGGUCAGCGAUCCAAUGGAACUGUGGGUCUUGGGAAAGUCACUUUGCUUUUCAAAAGAUCUGGUUUUAGAUACUUACAGGAAACACGACAGAAACAUUCUCUGUGACCUAUAUGUUGUACCCUACCUGUGUCCAGGAGGCUGCAUACCAGCAAGCUGGGAACAAGAAUAGGACACUGCGUGGGGGUGAGGCUGUACUGAUUUAGACACUCGUCUACUUCAUAUUAAUCUCACAGGUGCCAAGUUUUAUAUAUAGCUAUUAAACUUUUUUAAAGAAAGUA